UCUCCCCCCUUUUUUUAAGGGAUGCAUUUUUAUUUUGAAAUAAUUAAUAAUUCACAUAUUUUUGUCUUGUUCAUCUUUGUAACUUGAAAUGGUGAAUUGGGAUAAUUUAUCACCUGAAAUAUUACAAAUUAUAUUUAAGCACAUUUAUUCCGAUGACCAAAAUGCACAAACAUUAUGUCAAUGUCAACAAGUUUGUAAAGGCUGGAGUCGAUCAGCACAGAGCGAAUUAUAUAAUGACGUUACAUUAAAGUCUGAUUUGCAAUUAGCUGCUUUUCUCAACACAGUCAGUACCUCAACAGACAAUCCAGGGCGAUUCGUGAAAAAAAUAAUUAUAUAUAAUGUUACCAAAAAUCCUCAAGUUGAGCGAACAAUGUAUAAAACGUUUGCAAAGUUUUGUCCUAAUACUGAAUUAUUUGAAGAAUCAACUACAGAGGCGUUCUGGUCGUCUUUACACGAUGAAAGAGUACUUGGGCAUUGGCAACGUCUUACUGCCCUUCCCGAAUACGAUUAUGAGUUAGAAGAACAAUCAUGUUAUAGAAGCACUGCACUUGUCUUCCGUAGCACACUUCAAGAGCUUACUAUAUAUGAUAAUCUAGGUAGACAAUUAUUAGAUAAAGGAAAAUACGAAUUUCAAAACAAUAUUUUAUAUGAAUCUUUACAUACCUUCGAUUGCUUAAGAGCGCUAAAACUGAAAAUAGUUACAAAUCAGAAAAAUUUAUACCAGAUGGAUGUAAUAUUUAAUGAUUUACCAACUGCUACCAUCAAAAAAUUACUGAUUGAGACAGAAGAAACUGAUACCGAAAAAUUUAUGCAUACUCUUAUGCUGAAUGAUAGAAGAAUGCUUGCUACAGAAUCAUCGGAGCAACUUGAUUUAUCUUUGAUUGAACCUUGUCCCAAUAUUCAAGAAAUGGAAAUUGAUUCAGUCAUUUGCAGUGAUGCUGGUAUACAAUAUAUUAUACAUAAAUUUCCAGGACUCAGGAAAUUAGAAUUGAAUCGAAACUUUAACAUGACUUCGCUUCGUCGGAUGUAUUUUAUAGCCGAUCUCUUUAAACUAAGUGAAAAUACCAUGUUACAGCUUAUAAAUUACUUAUUACAGCUUAAUACAUUCUCUAUAUAUAUCCCAAUUAAUAACAUGAUAGACUUUGUGAAUCAGCUGGCAGCCACUGGUAGAUAUAGCAACUUAAAUUAUGAAUUCGAAUUUGGGAGCUAUAGUUUAUUUAUGAAAGGCUAUCCCUUUAUCGAAAAUACGAUUCAAGGAAGAAGAGAACAUAUUUAUAAUACUAUAGAUUUGGUAGGGAAUAGAAACAAAAAAGGAUUGCACAAUUUGUCCUUUCAUCAUAUUGCUUACAAGGAUAACAAGGAGGAUAUUCAAACAUCUGUUAUUGACACAUUAGAGAGACUAGGGAAUGUUGUAGAUACUCUCGAUCUUAAUUUUGAUGAUGAAGAUGAGACAAUUAACAUUCCGGAUGUAUUUGAUUAUAAUCAAGUUCUUAAAUUUUGUACGAAUCUAAAGAAACUUUAUAUCUCUAGUGCUAGAUUUAAUGGUUGUAACCAAGGACAGCUUAUAAUUAAUAAUUCUAUAACCGAGUUGAAUUUAGAUUGCUGCUAUAUUGAAACCGACGCUUAUUACCAGCUAUCAAUGCAACUUCGUAAUUUAAAAGUGCUUAAAGUAGAUGUGACUACAGAUCAUCACAAUCUUCAAAUAGAUAAAAACAGCGAAGACCAAACACAUGUUGUGGUUUUAAAUUUGCCCUACACAUCGUUUGAAAUCCUGUCUUACGUUGGAAGUGGCAAGGACAGUGAUCGUUUUUCAGAUCUAUGUAUUAAAAUUGAUAUGCCUACUGAAAAUAGGUUUUAUUUUGGGAGCACAGACCUUAAAUUAAAAGAAUGCACAGCAGAGGAUUUCGAAUCAGCAGCUUUAUAUGAUGGUAGAGUUCUAUGCUUUGAUAUACGAUGCAAAAAAUUUAAACGGUUUAAACUUAACUAUCAAGGAUUUACAGGAAGCUGUGAAUUUGAUGGCAAUCAAACUCUCAAGAAUAACUAUGUAUAAAAGUUAAACUGAAUAAUUUAUAAUCUUGAAUUCAGCUAACAAGAAUAACCUUGAUACUUUAAAAAAAAA